GUCCCUUAGGCUACUCCGGGCAGUUCGUAAAGGUGCGGCAAGAAAUAAAUGGUACGCUAAGCCCUCCACCAGCAAGUUCCCACCUCUUGGUGUGAUUCUUCCUGCAAGAAGUGGGGAGGGAGGAAAAGAGGGGGGUGGCAGGGUGUUAGAAGCGCCCCCCCGGGCCCAGAGAACUAUGAGCGGGGUAAAAAGCUUCGGCAGCAGCAGCAGCAGAAACAGUAACAGCAGCUUUAGGAGCCUCGGUCACCGAAGCAGCAGCAGCAGCAGCGGCGGCAGCAGCCAGGGUAGUGGUCGCCACUGCCCCCUUCGGCGCGUCCUGCUACCCAGUGGAUCCCGCAGUAGGCGCCUCCCGUAGCCGCUCUCCGAGCUCUCCAGUAAGAGAGCCUCCCCUGCCUUCGGCCAGACAGUGUUCUCAGCUCCCUUCUACCUGAUGCACCAUGCUGACCUCGGGACUGCGGGGACCAGAGAGCCAUCGCGGCCGCCUGCCCGGCUCGUGCUGAUCACAGCGGGAGCAGUCUCUCCCGCUGGGGCAAGCCCGGGGUGCCGGGCGUCUGCGCCCCCCCCCCCAUUCCAGUUUCACAACUUACUGCCUAGGAGAAGCAGCCGCAGGUCCUGCUCCUGCCUCCCUCCACCACACCCUCUCCUUUCCCUAAAAUCCUUAGGAAAGGCGAUGGGGGCGCUGCUGGCGCUCUGCCUCCUCCUGGGCUGGCUGCGCUGGGGCCCCGCUGGGGCGCAGCAGGAUGGGGAGUACUGCCACGGCUGGAUGGACGCGCAGGGCAACUACCACGAGGGUUUCCAAUGCCCAGAGGACUUCGACACACUGGAUGCCACUAUCUGCUGCGGCUCCUGCGCCCUGCGCUACUGCUGCGCCGCUGCGGACGCCAGGCUCGAGCAAGGGGGUUGCACCAACGAUCGCGGCGAGCUGGAGCACCCCGGCAUCACCGCGCAACCAGUCUAUGUGCCAUUCCUGAUCGUUGGCUCCAUCUUCAUUGCCUUUAUUAUCCUGGGCUCCUUAGUAGCUAUUUACUGUUGCACUUGCUUGAGACCUAAACAAACAUCUCAGCAGCCCAUUCGUUUCUCACUGCGAAGCUACCAGAAUGAGACCCUACCCAUGAUUCUGACCUCCACAAACCUCAGGACACCCUCAAGACAGUCCAGCACAGCAACCAGCUCAAGCUCCAAUGGAGGCUCCAUUCGCAGAUUUUCUUUCGCCAGAGCCGAGUCUGGUUGUCUGGUGCCCUCACCUCCUCCGCCUUACACAUCAGGUUGUUUACAGACAGGUCAUUCAAUCCACCUGACCCAACCAUCUGGAUUCCUGGUGUCACCACAAUAUUUUGCUUAUCCUCUUCAGCAGGAGCCAACACUUCCUGGGAAAAGCUGCUCGGACUUCAGCCCAAGUUGAUAUGAAUAAUGCAGCAGAGUGAAGGACAAGUGGAGUGUGUCUGAGUUAUGCUCAUGUUAACACUUAGGUGACAUUCCGGGGCAUCGGAACAAGGUCAUCAUUGAGAAACGUUUCUUUUCUAGAAUUAAUAUGUUCUCUCAUUUGGAUCACAUAAAAUGGAUGUUUUAGGUAAUUACUUUUUUUUUUAACCUUUUUUAAAAAAAGGUGACCAUUACAUUUUAAUUUGAUAUCCUUACUCAUAAUUGCUGCAAUUAGAUGUUUAAACCAGUAUUCUGUGAAAAACAUUUCACCAGUCAACUCAAAACAUUACUUCUAUAGAAGAUAUUAGAAGUUACUCUUUUAAGCCUGAGUGAUUAACUUAAUUAUAAUGAAAAAAGGAAGUACCUGAUUAUAGUUAUCAGAAAUUCAUGAAAAAGGAUCCUAAUCACCUCUUAAUAAACUAAGGGAACCCUGGGCAUCUUGGACAGUAUUUAAGUAUGUUGAAAUAAUUAUUGUAUUAAUAAUCACACAACUCAAACUACAUACUUUUCAGAAGACAAGAUGAUAUGAAAAAAUUCAAAAUUUAAUAAGUAAUUUUCAUUGUUAGGCAAAUCCUAACUAAAAUUUCCCCCUAGGGAAUAUUUAUUGUUAACUUUUGUUCAGUGACAUUUAGUAUAUAAAUGAAAGUUGGACAAUUGAAUUUAAAAGUUUUAUUUGUAAAAUUAAUUAUGUAAAAUGUAAAGAUAUUUGUAAUUUAAUGUAUUUACACAUUGACAAUACUAAUUAUUUAGUAAUCACACUGAAUUUUUACGUUAAUAAAAGCUGUGGUUAAAACUGCUGUUAUUGUUAAUCUGUGCCAGAUAGCAAAGGACCAGAAUAUUUUUAUACACAUAAAGUUGUUAGAUGCCAUCAAUUAUUUGAUUUGCUUUUAGUUUUUAAUCAAAGCACUUAAUUUUCUUUUUUUCUUCUUCAAAAAGCAGAAAUUAAGGUCUUUAUUUCAAAAUUGGAGUUGUGGUUGACCCUUUUAUCGAGUGCUACUGGUCACUUGUCACAGCCAUACCAAGAUGUCUGUGUAUCUAGCAAACAGAGUCUGGCCAUCAGCAGACCAGGCUAAGGAAGAAAGUGCUUCAAUUUUUAGAAGACCUAUGUACCACUUGAUAAUCAGUAAAAGAGACAUACAUGGCUAAAUUUAGAAAUGUAGUGGCAUGUAAUAUUGCCUUAAAAAGCAAUUUCUUGGAUCUGAUCAUAAAAGGCAUACAGGCAGUAAGUGUGUAUUCAGUAACUCACUAUAUGCUAGGCACUGUACACCUAAAAAGUGAAGAAAUUUAGCAAAAAUGUUUUACUAUCAUGUCCUCCUUUCCCUUAUGGCAGUCGCAAGAGCAACCUGAUUUUCAUACGUCCCCAAUAUAUUUUUAAAAUGUACAGUUGAAUAGGGCAGCUAGGUGGCGCAGUGGAUAAAGCACCGGCCCUGGAUUCAGGAGGACCUGAGUUCAAAU